AGCAUCACCUCCACAGAGCAAGUGCCUUUACUUGAGCAGAGGAGGGAGAGGGGAGAGGAGGGUGGCGGCACGGGAUAAAGAGAAAACCCUCAGGAGCGUGCACCAGGGUGCAUCUGCGACUUUGCAGAGAGAGCUGGAAAGUGCACAGGGAAACGGGCAGAGGUGUCGGAGUAUCAAAGUGAUCGCUGGGGCUGGGAAAAGCCUGCAGAGGGUGAAUCAAACACUGUCGCUGUUGAUCCCGGUGUGCCUGGCACAGCGAAGAAGCCGGAGUAGUAGAGUGAAAAGGUUGCGGGAUCUGGCAAGUGGGGGCUCGGGGGGAUCCUUUUACAGAGACAACCAGUCCAGAUAUAUGCUGCGAGACACAACUGACUGGAGAGAGAUUGUGACACAUUUACUGCAAAUCUUCCUCCUUUAAAGGCGUCAAAAGGCUAGGUAAGAAAGACAAGAUUGACAUUACUACUUUUGACUUCACUGAUGCUGGAUGAUGGAGACGAAAACUCCGUGAGAGAAAAACCCAUUUAAAAAUCCAGACUUACUGAAAAGCUCUUUUUACUCCAAAGUCUUUUCUGGGCUUUUGCACCCUCAACCAGCACAACAUAUCAAUAACCUCCUUUCUCCAGACCAUUAAGAUGCCUCCUGCUGAUGCAGUCUGAACUGUAAGUGGAUUACAACCGCAAUGUUUUGGGACUGCUCUUUGAAAAAGGAAGAGGAAAACCCAUAAGUGGCGGAUUUACAUCUGUCAAAGUGGAAGAGGAUCCUGUGCCGCUUUGUCUUUCUCUUGCUGUGGAUUACAGAUGGGCUUUGUGAUCUCUGCAAAGUCUCAUGGGUGACUGCGCACCAGUCAUUAGGAUAAAGUACAAGGGGGGACUCAAGUGAGGACUAAGAUGAACCUUUUUCUCUGAAGAUCAGGCAAAUACGAAUGUUGAAAGUGAAUCUGCAAUGUAAUGUUUUGUCCCUAAUAAUAGGACAUGUAAGUAAUUUGUUCAAAUAUUGCAUUGCAUUUAAUGAGGAUGAGACAUGCUGGCAUCCGUUAACUUGCUGGCACCCUGGUUGAGAGUGAUUCUCUAAAUGAAGGGUUCUGUCUACCUGGCAGGUGGCUUGGACAUAAGCAAAGAGUGACUGAGUUGAUAUUCGUAACUCCCGUUUCCGGGAUUCUGGCUAAAGCAGAAGCCACUUUGGCGAAUACUACAGCCUGGCCACACUGAGGACACUCCUCUCCAGGACACAGCUUCUCCUCCUCCUCUCAACUUAGCAAGAAUGGUACCCCCACCUCCCACCAACAAGCCACACGUGUGCCUGUCCACCAUCCUCAUCAUGAGCAGCAUGGCAUUGAUUGAUGCCUACCUGGUGGAGCAGAACCACGGCCCGCGCAAGAUUGGCAUCUGCAUCAUGGUCAUGGUGGGAGACAUCUGCUUUCUGAUUGUCUUGCGCUACGUGGCCGUAUGGGUGGGGGCCGAAGUGCGCACGGCCAAGCGGGGGUAUGCCAUGAUCCUUUGGUUCCUCUACAUCUUUGUGCUGGAAAUCAAGGUGUACUUUGUGUAUCAGAACUAUAAGGCCGACAGGAAAAGCCUGGACGCUCUUGCCAGGAAGGCACUAACACUGCUGCUCUCCAUCUGCAUUCCAGUGCUCUUUGUGGUGCUGGUGGCUAUUGACCACAUGGAGUAUGUGCGUGCCUUCAAGAAGCGCGAGGAAAUCCGCAAUCGUCUCUUCUGGGUGGUGGUGGAUUUGCUUGACAUUCUGGACAUUCAGGCCAACCUGUGGGAGCCCCAGAAGAAGGGCCUCCCUCUGUGGGCGGAGGGCUUGAUGUUUUUUUACUGCUACAUCCUCCUCCUCGUGCUACCCUGUGUGUCUUUGAGUGAAAUCAGCAUGCAAGGUAUCAACAUUGUGCCCCAUAAGAUGCUUCUGUACCCAAUCCUCAGCUUAGUGACCAUCAACGUCAUCACACUCUUUAUCCGUGGUGGCAACAUGAUUUUGUACAGGGAUGCGAGGGUGUCGGGGAUCCUAAUAGGGAAGAACGUACUGGCUAUCAUCCUAAAGACCUGCAGCUUUGUCCAGUACAGGAGACAGUUGCAGAGUGCCCCACCUGCUUUUGGAGUUGAGCUGCAGAAAAACUCACUUGCCCACGCCCGCCCUGCCCCCACCCCUCCCCAAGUCGUUAUCCAGGACCAGACACCCUUGCCUGAGGUGACAACAUGCGAGCACACGUGACAAGAUGCUUUGCAGGAUCCUCAAGAUGCUGGCAGUGCACAAUGUUUUACACUUUUUUAGGUCAUUUGAUCAAACGGAAUACUAAUGCGCACACAAGAGGGUUAUCCAGCAUUUCCAGGUGUGUCAUGUUGCAAUUUAGAUCUUGUGAUUUUGUUGAAACGCUUUCCUCCUGUGAAUUCGGUUGAUUGUGUAUUUUUCCAAUGGUGUGGGGGGGAAAAAAAAAACAAAAGUAUAUAUUUUUGAAUUGGCUGUUGCAUUCUAAUGUGUGAUGUGGUGUCUAUUUUAUUUAUUUUUUUGCUUGAGUCUUAGUAGUCGAGGGCUUUAGAACAAAACUUGAGCAAAGGGACACCAAUUAAUGUGAAAAUAACUGUUCAAAUUAUGGCAGAAGUGUCUUUUCUAUGUGACUUUUUGAUAAAGUACUGUCCUUCUUCUGUGAGAACAGGGUUUGCAUCACGCCAUUUCAGUCAUUGGACCAGUUAAGUAAGUGUGUGAUCUGUUUUCAAGUCAAAUUCCGCAGGUCUUUAAUUAACCUGUGCUGCAAAAAUAAAACAUAAAAUGAUUUUUCCACUCAA